CUGGAAGAGACAGGUGACGGGGAAAGGUCCGUUCAUCAGUAUGGUGCGCACUGUCCAAUGGGAUAGGGGCCUGGAACAAGCAAAAAGGCAGAGAGUAAAUUCCUCUCCCCCAGGUUUGGGACAUUACUGCCCUUGGACAUCAAGACUCUAGCUUGUCUGUCUUUGGGACUCCAGCAGCUGUUGGUCUCUCCAGUUUUCAGCCUUGGACUGGGAAUCACACCAGGUUUCCCUGGUUCUGAGGCCCUUAGGCUUGUAAUGGACCACAGAGCUGCCCACAAGGGUCUCUCUCUGGCAGAGGCCUAUCAUCACACCGAUGAACCUCCAAAAUCAUGUGAGCCAAUUCUCCCAAUAAAUUCCCUGUCUCUCUUGUUGAUCCAUCUGUCUGAAGAACCCCGACUCUCAGACUUGGGGCUGUGGCUUCUCAGAUUUCCCAUGGAGGAUGAAGCCCUUGCGCUGCACUCGGCCCUUUUUGUGUGGAUUUCUGUUCAGUGAGACAGAAGCUACGGAGAAGCAGGAUGAAGAUGAGACGCUACAAGCUCUUUCUCAUGUUCUGUAUGGCCGGCCUGUGCCUCAUCUCCUUCCUACACUUCUUUAAGACCUUAUCCUAUGUCACCUUCCCCAGAGAACUGGCCUCCCUCAGCCCUAACCUGGUUUCCAGCUUCUUCUGGAACAAUGCCCCUGUCACUCCCCAGGCCAGUCCGGAGCCGGGUGGCCCGGACCUGUUGCGAACCCCUCUCUACUCCCACUCCCCAUUGCUCCAGCCACUGUCCCCCAGCAAGGCCACCGAGGAAUUGCACCGGAUGGACUUCGUGUUGUCGGAGGACACCACCGAGUAUUUUGUGCGCACCAAAGCCGGUGGUGUGUGCUUCAAACCAGGUACCAAGAUGCUGGAGAAACCUUCAGGGCGCACAGAGGAGAAGCCCGAGGUGGCAGAGGGCUCCUCAGCUAGGGGCCCUGGUCGGAGGCCCAUGCGGCACGUGUUGAGUACACGAGAGCGCCUGGGUAGCCGGGGCACUAGGCGCAAGUGGGUUGAGUGUGUGUGCCUGCCAGGCUGGCACGGACCCAGCUGCGGGGUGCCCACCGUGGUGCAGUAUUCCAACCUGCCCACCAAGGAGCGCCUGGUACCCAGGGAGGUGCCAAGGCGGGUUAUCAACGCCAUCAACAUCAACCAUGAGUUUGACCUGCUGGACGUGCGUUUCCAUGAGUUGGGCGAUGUGGUGGAUGCCUUCGUGGUGUGCGAAUCCAACUUCACCGCCUACGGGGAGCCGCGGCCGCUCAAGUUCCGAGAGAUGCUGACCAAUGGCACCUUCGAGUACAUCCGCCACAAAGUGCUCUACGUCUUCCUGGACCACUUCCCACCUGGUGGCCGGCAGGAUGGCUGGAUUGCAGAUGACUACCUGCGCACCUUCCUCACCCAGGAUGGCGUCUCCCGCCUACGCAACUUACGGCCUGAUGACGUCUUCAUUAUCGAUGACGCAGACGAGAUUCCCGCACGUGAUGGUGUGCUGUUCCUCAAGCUCUAUGACGGCUGGACCGAGCCCUUUGCCUUCCACAUGCGUAAGUCCCUGUACGGCUUCUUCUGGAAGCAACCGGGCACGCUGGAAGUGGUGUCAGGUUGCACCGUGGACAUGUUGCAGGCCGUGUAUGGACUGGAUGGCAUCCGUCUGCGCCGCCGCCAAUACUACACCAUGCCCAACUUCCGACAGUAUGAGAACCGCACAGGUCACAUCCUAGUGCAGUGGUCUCUUGGCAGCCCCCUGCACUUUGCGGGCUGGCAUUGCUCCUGGUGCUUCACACCCGAGGGCAUCUACUUCAAGCUUGUGUCUGCUCAGAAUGGCGACUUUCCACGCUGGGGUGACUAUGAGGACAAGAGGGACCUCAACUACAUCCGCAGCUUGAUUCGCACUGGGGGCUGGUUCGACGGCACGCAGCAGGAGUACCCUCCUGCGGACCCCAGUGAACACAUGUAUGCUCCCAAAUACCUGCUCAAGAACUAUGACCAAUUCCGCUACCUGUUGGACAACCCCUACCGGGAGCCAAAGAGCACUGUGGAGGAUGGGCACCGGAACCUGGGCUCCGAGGGAAGGUUACCUGCUGCCAGGGGCAAGUUAGAUGCAGUAGAGGGUUAGGGCUAGGCAGGCUGGGGUGACAGCUACCCCAGUGUUAUCUCUGGCCUCUUGGGGGCUCUUGAGAGAGCUAGGAGUCCUUCUAGGUGGUUCUCUCUGCUCAAGCCCUCUGGAAUUAAGGGUCAGGCCUUUUAGCCCAAAACAGAAAAGAAAAAUUAAUCAUUUCCAGUAGAGAAGAGCAAGCCCAGACAUCUAUGCAGCAUUUUGUCCCCAAGAGUGCUGUGGGCAAGAAGUGUCCCUGGAGAGCAUAAGGUGGUUUUCUGGGGCUGGGAGGGCUGUGGAAUUUCAGUCUAAUUGAGAGAAUUCCACCUUUGACAUUCUGGAUUAUUGACCUGCAGAGGAAAAGGGGGUGGGAGAUAUGAUAUCAGGAGUUCCCAGGAAACUGUAAAUAAAUGCAUUUGGGUUCAGGAACAAGAAAAGAUACUUAGUAGGGAGGCACUAGAAAGUAUAUCUGCUCUUGAUCGUGACCAAGAAGCUAGGGAAGCAAUGGAAAAUGGCACCCACGAGACAGAGCACUUUGCAUCUUGCUCAGAAGUGCUGGACCCAAGGAAUGAGGCUCCUGCUGGCUGGGAGGGUGGAGCCAAUGGCUGUCAGUGUCCCUCCCUCUGUAAGCAGGCAUACUGGGGGCCUGAGGAAGCUUCCUUUUGGUUCCAAAUCUAGCUCUGAUGGCCUUUUCACUUUUCCUAUUACGGUCUCCUGGGAUGCCAGCUCAGCUGCUUGCAAAGGGCCUUAGGAGUCCAGUGCUCAGGGUGGGACCGGAGCUGGAGACCACCAUAUGGAUAGCCAGUAUAGAGGUGGGAAGGGAAAGGAGACUGACGUAAGGCCUCUAUGGCUCUCCCUCUCCCCUCCCCCAUCACUUCCUACUGGCAUCCAGUCCCAUUAUACUGCCAUCCCAGGCUAUUCCUGUGCCCCCUCCCCUCCACUGCCCCACUAAGAGCUCGUUAGGGGUCAGGAAGGGGCCACAAGGUUUUCUGGGGCCCAAGAAAGGACUUUAAGGUCAGUGGUAUGUCAACCUAUUCCUCUUAAUUUGUCUUAUGGGGGGGGGGGCACAGGGUAUAUUUGUUGAAGAUUCUAAAAUGAUGUAGAAGCCCCUUGGCAAACAGCAGUCAAGUAAGACCACCUUGUUUCUAAUGAAGUAGUCUAGGGGGAGAUGAUCCAGAGCCUGUAAGACAGCAAACUUAGCUUCAUAAACAACUUCCAGGUCUGGAUAGAGUGGCUGCAUCCACUCACAUGAUAAGGCAAGGAAGGGUGAACUUUUUCCUAUGAAGGGCAGGAGUCAAAUAUGUCUGUUGCUUCUGAUAGCAUCUUACUGGUCAGGACUUAGCUGCAUGGCUACAGGUAGUUGCAAGGAAAACUGGGAAAUGCAGUUUUGAGCGGGACUGCUAUGUACCUGCCUCUGUUUGAGAGUUCUGUAUUACCAGCAGCACCUUUGUGGGAAGGGUGCAAGUGAUUGCUCAUCAUGGGACCCUGCUCUCUCCCUGCCUGCCCCACAGUUGAGGUCCUGUAGGGACUUGCAAGUGUAUGGGAAGAGUGGGUGCCUCUCCCUGAGGCUCCUAAUAGUCCCCUUGAUGCCAGUAUGCAGGACUGUCUGUGGAAUGGUCAGUGUUUGUGCGUGUGUGUAUAUUUAUGGGCAUGGGUGCAUGCUUGUGUGUAUUGUACAUGUCUGUAUCCAUGUGUCCCCUGUACUAAGAUGAUGUUCACACGUGGGUGUAGGAGCAUAGGCUUGGCUGUCCUCUUCCCUAGGACCUGGAGCCCAUAGUUUUGUCUCCUGUGGCUCCUCAAGAUGCCUGAGGCAGGAAGCAAGGCUAACGGGAUAACGGGAGUACAGGGUCUGUCUGUCUGUCUGUCUGUUUUUAUUUUCAGACUGAGGAAUGGAAUCUUGCUAGCUGAGGGCUAUGCAGCUGAGAACCCAGCACUCCCCCAGCCUCUCUUGGCCGACCACAUCCUCCCACUGAUACCCCAGAACCUCCUAGAUGAUCUCACUGGAGGCGUCCUGAGGUUUCCUUUGAUGCAGCUCUGUCUGGAGCAGGUUUACUACUAGGCAGUGGGCAUGGUGUGGGGAGCUCUGGUGAGCAGGCACGAAGCAGGCCGAGGGGCUCUAUGGUCCCACUCCUCCUCCUGAGGGAUACUUCCAUGAAACUUUCCCUUCAAAGAACUUCCGUCUCUGGUUCCUCUUGGGACUGAGAGGUAGUCCCAGAAGUCAGGGCAUCCCAGAGACUUAUGGGUUCAUCUGUGCCAAGGCACUCUUCUGAGAUGCCUGUGGGUGUUCCUGUGUGAUGCCUCCCCCUCAAAUGAAAUCCUCAUCCCAUACUCCUGGUAACCUUAGCUGCUUCAUAGAUACCCCAUUUCAGGCAUUUCAGGGUUCCUGCCCACAGGUGACCAGUGCAGAGGCACUGGGAAAGCACAGUUCCUACUGGGCUGGCCGUGUCUCUCAGACCAGUAGGGGAAAAUAAUGUAGCGGUUUCAGCCAGGCAGGAAGAGGUCUCGUCAUGAGCUGAGAGACCACCUGUGAGAGAUGAGGGCCAAAAAGUUUCACAUCUAACCACAGCAUACACUGGGAAUUUGAGGGCCAGGGGACCCAGGACCAUACCCUCAAUAUGGAGGGAAACUGAAUUGAAUGUGAAUGUGGGUGCAUUCUCCAGGAACCCCUGGCCUGUGACCUCCAGACCCAAGGAGGCCUGUUCAUUACAGGCAUCCAGCUGACCUUGUUCACCCAAGAGUCUCAGCGGUUAUAGGGGGCAGGCAUGAUGAUGCUUUGGGGGCAAAGGUGAGAUUCAGGGUGGAAAGACAGGACUCAUCCGAGCAGAAGGUAGGGCCCUGGGAAAUGUGUAAUUUAAGGACACCAAUAAUAAUAAUAAUAGCAUUAUUUUUUUUGUAAAGGAAAAUCAAUAUGUACAUUCUGAAAUCAUUUUCUCUGUAAAUGGUUGGAUUUCAUUUCACCCUUAAAGGGAUGCUCAAAGAAGAAGAUAAUAUUAAUAAUAAAAACAGCUGCGAAGUCUGGA